AUGAAGUGCUGCAUUGUCUCAGUACUUCUCCUGAUCUCCACUGUGGAGGGCUCAGACAGAUUCUUCAUCUCAGCCCCCAAUGUAUUUCAUGUGGGUGUGAAAGAGAAAGUGCUUGUCCAGAUGGGGGGUAAUAAUCUGAAGAAACAAGUUACUCUCCACUUGGAGGAUGGAAAUACCGGGGCACUUAUGUCUGCAAAGACAACUACUGAGUGUACUCAAGAAGGGGAACUCAAAACAGUUGAGCUGAUGAUAAACCAGGAGAGUUGGCCAAUGAUCACAAGUAGAAAUUCUCAUAAAACGCCCUAUCUCAACCUAGUGGCAGUGGUGGCUAACUCCAGUGACAAGAAGAUAACAAGGGUCCUGGUUUCAAAUCACAGAGGAUAUAUCUUUAUCCAGACUGAUCAGCCGAUGUACAACCCAACACAAAACGUAAAUUACAGGGUAUUCACGCUAGAUCACAUGUUUAGACCACACGAAGAAACUGUCCACAUAUCAGUAUUUAAUGCUGAUGGCAAUAGGAUACUAAAGUCUUUGACAGCUCCAGAAGGAGGGAUUAUCAGAAGCCAUUUUCCCAUACCAAGUGUAUCAAAAAUGGGCACAUGGAAGAUUACUGCACAUUAUGAAGAUGAUGAAGAAAAUGCUGCUGUCCGAGAAUUCAAAGUGAAAAAAUUUGUUCUACCAAGCUUUGAAGUUAAUAUUGAAAUGAGGCAGCGUUACAUUUUGUUGAACGAUGAACAACUUCACUUUACCAUUUCAGCAAUGUACUCACAUGGUGAGAAAGUUAAAGGGGCUUACCACUGUCAGUUUGGAGUCAUAAAAAAAGAUGCAGCCUAUGAUCAAAAAGCGCCUGACUUCAUUAAGGGGCUGGAACUGACAGGCUCGGUCCAGGAUGGAAUUGCAACACUUAAUCUUCAAUUAGAAAAGAUUAAUUCAAAAGUAAUGGAACAACUGAACCAAACUCUCUCCGACUUGCUGAAAAGAGGAUCACAACUCUAUGUGGGAGUAUUUGUCACCAACAUUCAAAGUGGUGAAAUACAACAAGGAGAGGUUUACAUUCCAAUUAUUUCCCAGAAAUACGGCAUAGAUUUGUCUCGAACUCGCUCCUAUUUUUCUCCUGGAUAUCCACUUGAUGUAGUGGUGGUCAUGCGACUCCCAGAUGGCACCCCAGCAGCUGAUGUGCCAAUAAAUAUUACUGUUACUGCAGACAAAUCUUUGCAGAUUUGGCAAGGCAUCACUGAUUCAGACGGGGCUGUUUAUUCUGCCUUUAAUAAUAUUCAAGUGGCUGAGAUUAAAGUGAAAGUGUCAGCAGAUGGUGUUCACGAAAGCAAAAUUAUAAAACGCAUUUCAUCAUCAAUUGCCAGCCUUUACAUAGCAAUUACCAACAAGGUACACUCUGUGAAAGACGUACUUUUUGUGACGUUCAACACAAAUGAAGGCCCAAGUCAAGGAUAUAUAUACUACAUGAUUUUAAGCCGUGGGAUCAUAAUAAAAACCGGCUCACUUCCAUUAGGUACAUCAGUUAAACAAAAAAUACAAAUAACAGAGGAUAUGGUUCCAUCUUUCCGCCUGAUUGGUUACUAUUAUGCCACGAAUGGUGACAUCAUAGCUGACUCAGUGUGGGUCGAUGUUAGGGAUGAAUGUGAGAUAAAGGUCAAGGUAGAACAUAAAGGACAGCCUAAGCCUGCAAAAACAACUGUGCUACAACUGGACCUAAAUGGUCACUCAUCUAAAGUGGCACUGCUGGCUGUGGAUAAAGCCUUCUACGGUCUGAACGCUGAUAAUAAACUUACAGCCAAACAGGUAUUUUCUACCAUGAAGUCAUAUGACCUUGGCUGUACAUACGGUGGAGGAUCCAACUCUUCAUCAGUCUUUGUAGAUGCUGGCCUUUCUUUUGCAUCUCAGUCCAUGUCAAGUUCAAGGAAAAGUUUAGGGUGUGAUUCACAAACUGCACGACAAAGACGUUCUGUGGACUUCCAACAGGAAAUCAUCACUUUAAAAUCAAAAUUUGAAGAUCCAGACCUGCAAGACUGUUGCACUGAUGGAUUUUCUCCCAUCCCUAUGAGACGAACAUGUGAGGAAAGAGCAACUAGAGUUCAACUAGUGAAAGAAAAUCAAACGUGUGUUGACGUGUUUCUACAAUGCUGCAAAGAAGCAGAGAGGUUACAACAAAAAAAGAUGCUAGAGGAUGACAAGAGCGGACUCGGCAGGACUACAACCACAGAUGAAAUUGAAAACUUUUUCAUGGAUACUUCUGCGCAAUAUAUUCGGCGAUAUUUCUCUCCAAGUUUUGCAUUUACAGUGUUUGAAGUGAAAGGCAAAAAAAUGCAUUACUUGACUCUACCUGAUUCCAUAACAACAUGGGAAAUCCAAGUGGUCACGCUAUCUCCUGCUACUGGCUUAUGUGUAGUUAAACCACAUGAAAUCAAAGCAUUUAAAGAAACAUUUGUGUCUUUGAGGCUGCCCUACUCAGUCAAAAAAUAUGAGCAACUAUCCAUUUCACCUGUUAUUUACAACUACGUCAACAAAACACUAAAGCUGGCGGUUCAUAUGGAACAAACCGAAGGACUUUGCUCUCCUGCUUCAGCCACUAAAGUCUCCUAUGUAACAACUGAUGUGAAACCACUGUCUUCUCAGCUUGUUUCUUUCUCUGCUGUCCCCAUGGUAACUGGAAAAAUACCCAUUAAAAUACGUCUUUAUGAUGUUGAAAAUAGCUGGGGAAUAGAUGCAGUGGAAAAAAGUUUGAAUGUGCAGACAGAAGGAUUUGAACAAAGAGAUGAAAAAACCAAUGUGGUUAAAUUAGAUGGGCGGAGUUCAAAGACUCUACAUAUUGAUGGUACUUUGCCACAUGAAACAGUCCCUGACUCCAGCUCCAAUAUAUUCAUUUCAAUAGAAGGGGAUGGAUUUGGAAGUUCACAUGCAAAGAAUCUUCUUUCUCCAGAGAAAGUGAACAGUUUGAUUAAACUGCCAAAAGGAUGUUUAGAACAGACAACAAAUAGACUAGUACCUGCAGUCUUGGCCCACCGCUACCUUGACUUAAGUGAUCAAUGGUUUGACCUGCCUCCUGAUGCCAGAGAUAGGGCUCUUGAAAAUAUUAAAUAUGGUUAUAUGAGAAUUUUCAACUAUAAGAAAAGUAACAAUGGAGCUUAUGGACCAUUUUAUUUUGCUCAAUCUAGCAGCUGGGUGACUGCUUAUAUAGUGAAAGUUCUGUCUAUGGUGGGGGAGCGUCAAACAGCAGCUUUUGAACCACAGGGUCAAGUUAUUGAUGUUUCAAUAGAACAAGACCUCAACGACUCAGUCAGAUACUUGCUCUCAUUACAGCAGCCUGAAGGGUCAUUCAUUGACUCAAAACUUGCGUUACACAGAGAUGUUCAGAAAGACCAAGGUCCCUGGUUGACUGCCUUCAUUACACUUGCACUGAAACGAUCCCUUCAGUUCUUGAAACCUGAUGUUCGUCCUGCAGCGGAAGCAAGCAUAUCAAGUGCAACAACGUAUCUCCAGUCUCAACUAGAAGGCCUGAGUCAUACCUAUGCCAUAGCCUUAACAGCUUAUUGUCUCUCAGUUUGCCUGCCAAAUGAAGCAGAUCGAUUACCUGCAUGGAAGAAACUUCAGUCAAGAGCAAUAAAAGAUAAGCAGCACUGCUACCUGUGGACUGACAAUCCCAGUCAAGUGAAUAAAAAUCAAGCUGAUGCCAUCACAGUUGAGACAACAGCCUAUGCCCUUCUGACUGCGGUGGAACUUGUGAAUUAUGACUGGGCAGACCAAAUAGCCUGUUGGCUAACCAGCCAAGAAAACUAUUUUGGAGGAUACAAAUCAACACAGGACACCGUCAUGGCGCUUGAAGCCCUGUCGGAGUAUGAACUAAAAAGGCCCAGACCAGUUGGAAAUAUAAAUGCAGAGUUCACUGUUCCAGGAAGGGCUGAAUCUGUUACACUUGCACUGCAAAAUAAAAAAGAAAAAGUGGAAAGAGACCUAAAGAAAUUUACAGGGAACAUAAUUAAUGUUGAGCUGACAGGAAAAGGAGACUUUAAACUGAAAACUGUAAAGGCUUACCAUGUGCUGGAUCCUGUGGAUGACUGUACCGAACUUUCUAUCAGUGUGACAGUGGAGGGAAAAGUGAAGUACACUGCAAAGAUAAUUGAAAAUUAUGACUAUUAUGAUUAUGAUGCCACUGAGGUAAAGAAGGUGCAAGAGGCACCAUAUGUGAUUGAGCAUUUAGAUGCUCUCACAAGAAGCAGGAGAGAUGUUGAAAACAGCAUAAAUUCAGACAACACUGUUACCUACACUGUCUGUGUCAGUCUUAACUCAAACACCAAUCUGUCAGGAAUGGCUAUUGCUGACAUCUCACUGCUCAGUGGAUUUGAGGCUAAACCAGAAGACCUUGACAGGCUAAAUAUGCCAUCUGAACAAUACAUUAGUCAUUAUGAGUUAUCCUACGGAAGAGUGGUGCUCUACUUUAAUGAGCUCUUAAAUCAAAAGGAAUGUCUAAGUUUUGAUGCUGUACAAAAUAUACCAAUUGGCCUUCUGCAGCCUGCUCCAGCUACAGUCUACGAUUACUAUGAACCAAAGAGAAAGUGCACUGUGUUCUACUCUGCUCCAAAAAGAAGCAAGAUGGUCUCCAAACUGUGUUCAGAGGAUGUUUGCCAAUGUGCAGAAAGGCCCUGUCAUGAAAUCCGGGAUGCAGUCAAAUCAAAGGGAAGUAAAAAAAUCACACCGGCACGUUUACGUCAUGCUUGCGUCGUCCCAUUGAUGGAAUACGUAUACAUUGUUGAGAUUCAGAGUGUUUCUGUUAAGAGCAACUUUGAGCUGUACAAAGCUAACAUAACUGAGGUCCUCAAAUUUUAUGGAGAUCAUCAUGUGAAUAACAGAUCUGUUCGAGUGUUUGCCAGGAGGCUUCACUGCAAAGGGGAGUUAGAACUAGGAAAACAAUAUCUCAUUAUGGGCAAAGACGGCUCUACUAAAGACUCUAAUGGACAGAUGCAGUAUCUGCUGGAAUCAAACACCUGGGUUGAAAAAAGGCCACUGGAAGACGAUUGCAAAAAAUCUGCUAAUAGGCAAAUUUGUUAUAACUUUAAUUAUUUCAUAGCAGAAUACAAGAAAAGAGGCUGCACACAGUAA